AUGAUAUUCUCCCGAGGCUGGCUUCCGGGCCUCACUGCUUGCCUUCUAUCAUGUUCCCCUUUAUUGACUUCGGCCUCCAGCUCCCACAAACAACAGUGCAAGACCAUCCCCGGCACGCCAGACUGGCCAUCGCCAGCUUCUUGGAAGCGUCUCAAUGAGUCACUCGCCGGACGACUGCUACAGCCUCCUCCUCCAGGAGCUGUCUGCCAUCCCGGACAGCCGACCUACGACGCCGGAGAAUGUCCCAACCUCCUUGCCGACUGGUCAAAACUCGACUACCACCAUACCAACCCCGUCUCAACCUACUGGAACAACUGGAGCAAUGAUACCUGUCUUCCUUAUCCGGGUUAUCCAUGCAGCGGUCAGGGAUAUCCUCUCUUCGUUGUCAACGCGACCACGGCCCGGCAUGUCCAACUAGGCGUUCGGUUUGCAAAGAAACACAACAUUCGUCUCGUGGUCAAGAACACAGGUCAUGAUUUUAUCGGCCGCUCCAGUGCCCCUAAUUCGCUUUCGAUUUGGGUUCAUAGCCUGAAAGACUGGAAAUACCAUGGGGAAGGAUUCCGUCCUAAGAGGUGCAAGACCACUCUCCCGGGGACAUACCUGACAGCAGGCAGUGGCAGCCAAAUGUGGGAUAUCUACACCCGCCUUGACGAGAUGAACCAAACCAUUGUUGGCGGCGGUGGCAAAACAGUUGCCCUCGGUGGUUACCUCACCGGCGGUGGGCACUCCUUACUCUCUCCCUACUACGGCAUGGCAGCAGACCACGUUGUCGAAAUCGAAGCCGUGACCCCAUCAGGCGAAGUCAUCACCGCCAACUCUUGCCAAAACCAAGACCUUUUCUGGGCCAUCCUCGGCGGCGGCGGCUCAACCUUUGCAAUCCCUACCCUCUUCACCCUCAAAACCCACCCCACCCCCAGCCUCUCCCACCUCAACAUCCUCAUCAUCACCCCCCUCCCCAACACCUCUUCCAUCAUCUUCCCCCUCCAAGCCUAUAUAACCUCACAAUUCCCCUCUUUAUCCACCUCCGGCCUCUCAGGCUACGCCUUCCUCCUCCCCCCCUCCACCCCCUUCCCUCUCUUCCCCAACAUCACCAACGGCAUAGGCGGAUUCUUCAUGUCCUGCGUCGUCCUCCAAUCCUCCCCCUCCUCCUUCCCGCAAGACAUCCUCUCCCUCUGGGACCCCGUCCUAUCCCACAUCAACACCACCUUCCCCCUCUCCGCCAACAACUUCACCACCCUCACAAUCCCCACCUCCUAUCCUUCCUUCCUCGCCUACUUCGCCGCCCACCACGACACAACCCCCGCCGGCACAAACAUCCUCCCCGGCGGCCGCCUCCUCGACGCGCCCGCCCUAACGCGCAACCUAACCGCCCUCUCGGAAACAUACUCCUCCCUCUCCCGAGGCCCCCAGCCGGCGAGCAGCAUCAUCGCCGCACAUUUGGUCUCCGGACCAGGCGUGCACACCCACCCGAACCGGUUCAAAACCAGCCUUCUCCCCUCCUGGAGGACGAGCUAUCUCCACGUUGGUGCGUUUUCCUUCCAUCUCAGCAAUCAUCGGUGGCAUUGCGCUGACAGGGGUAGUCUUCGGCGAGUUCUUCCCCCCCCUCAACGAAACCGCAAAAUCCGAGGCCUACGCACGAGUGCUGGGAAAAGACGAAAUCAUCAAACAGCUCGCCCCGGAUACGGGCGCGUACAUGAACGAGGCAAGCCCAAUCGAAGAAAAAGGCUGGCAGCAAAGACUCUGGGGAGAAAACUACGACCGACUCAAACGCAUCAAGCGCACCGUCGACCCCACCGACGUCUUCUGGUGCACCCCCUGCGUAGGCAACGAGCACUGGAAACAAGUUGGAGACCGUCUCUGCCGCGUUUAACGAUAGUCACAUACCUACAUCUCAUGUCUCAAGACGCGUGA